AUGCCCUUACUUCGUGUAACAACUUUCAAGAAUGAGCACUUACAUUCUGCCCAAGAAGACCUUGAAGUUUCUUACAGUACAAGGUGCACACUGACUUCGUCUAUAAUUGAUGACAUAGUAAGGUCUAAUGUGGAAAAAAGACCCAAUGAAAUCAAAGCUAACAUAUAUAGAGACUAUGGCAUAAGUCUAACUUAUCGUCAAGCUUUAAGAGCGAAAGAGAGGGCAUUGGUGGAAAUAAAUGGGCUUCCUGACCAAUCAUAUAUGCUUGUUCCUUGGUUGUGUAAUAGACUAAUGGAGACUGAUGCUGACACUGUAGCAAAAUGGGUGGCUUCUGAGAACAAUAGAUUUGAACGUUUAUUUAUUGCAUAUGGUUAUUCCAUUAAAGGAUUCUUGCUUGGGGCUAGGCCUAUUUUAUAUGUGGAUGGAUGUUUCCUCAGUGGUCCUUAUCAAGGCACCUUACUGGCAGCUUCAACAUACGAUGUCGAUAAUGAGUUGUUUCCAUUAGCUUUUGCAAUAGUUGGGAGUGAAACUCAUGAUGAUUGGACUUGGUUUCUUCAAAAUAUUAAAGAUAUCCUUGGUUUGCUACAGGAGAAUUUUAGCUCUGAGUUUAAUAAAGUUUAUAGGGGAAUGGGAAGGAACAAUAAAGAAGAGGCACUAAAGUUGCUUGAUUACAUAGCUUAUGCAAGGCAUGAGCACGAAUUUCAUAUAGCCAUGGAAAAUUUGAGGAUGUUCUCUCCACAAUUAGCAAUAUGGGUAGAAAAUCAAGGCGAUGUUGAUCGGUGGGCACUAUCGUUGUUCCCAUUUCGAAGAUGGGAUAAGAUAACAACCAACUUGGCCGAAUCAUUUAAUGCAUGGAUUCUUGAAGAGAGAAGGCAUAAUAUAUGUGUUCUUAUAAAUGAGCACAGAGACAAGUUGAGCAAGAAAUUUUUUGCAAGUAAGGCAGCCAUGAGUAAGUGGAAAAGCAUAGUUGGUCCCAAUGUUGAAGCAAAGUUGAAGGAAAAUAUUUUGAGGGCAGAAGUUAUGAUAGUUCAGCUGCAUGGCUCACAUAUUGCAUUGGUUCGGACACCGUGUGGAGAUGUAUGUGUGAAUCUGAUACUAAGGGAAUGCACAUGCAAAGUUUGGCAAAUGUCUGGCAUUCCUUGCCCACAUGCUUGUGCAGCCAUUAAAAAAGUGCAUGGUAAUGUGUAUAGCUAUGUCAAGGAAUGUUAUCUUCGUAGCUCACAAGAGAAAAUAUACAGUGGCAUUAUGCAUCCUGUUGAGACCCAUGACAUGCCAAAGCCAAAUGCGUUGACAGUGUCUCAGCUCAUGAACCAAACCUUUUUGCUGCCUCCUAGAACAUCUCGACCAGCUGGCAGACCUCGUCAUGUGAGGAUCGAGUCUCAACAUCAAUAA